CCAGCGUCCAGCAUCCACACACCACCACCGCCCACCCCGUUGUUUCUGUAAUCGAGCGUCGAGCUGCAUGAUUUGCACCUCUGCAAUUAAGCACGUUCGGCGUGGGAUGGGAUUCUCGCUAAACACCGCAAAGCUGUCAUACACACGGAGCUCCAGCCCCGUCGCAUCCCCCACAAGUUGCUAGCGUGUGUGGACAGGAGCAAGAGGCGGGCUUGUUUAUCAAAAAUGACUCGACAUGGCUGUGUCGUUGACUCAACAUACACGGCUUCGCGAACGACACUGGAAGCCAUAACCAGUUGAGAGAGUGAGGCGUCAAAUCAUCUUAAUGAAAGUCAUAAGUGGGGUUGGGUGGCCAUGGACCCAUUCAGCCAGCUUAUUCUCACCAUCUCGGUGACCAGUUUCUUCACCUUCCAGUGGCUCUUCCACAAAGUCAGCCCCUGGAUGUCCGUGCGCAUCAGCCCCAGCUUCCUCAGUCUCAGUGACAAGCAGAAGGUGGAAUGGAACUCAAGGACGGUGUCAACGUUUCACGCACUGUUGGUGGGAAUCUUCUGUCUCUACAUCUUGUUCUUUGAUGAUGCCGUCAAUGAAGACCCAGUCUGGGGAGAUCCUACGCUGGUGAAGACUAAUGUUGCCAUCACAACAGGCUACCUCAUAUCUGAUCUGCUGCUAAUAUUUUUCUAUUGGAAGGCGAUAGGCGACAAGUUUUUUGUAGUUCACCAUCUGGCAGCGUUGUAUGCUUACUACUAUGUACUGGGUGAAGGAAUGUUGCCUUAUUUUGCUAACUUCCGUCUGCUUGCUGAGUUUUCUACACCAUGUGUGAACCAGCGCUGGUUCUUUGAGGUACUAGGUUAUCCCAAGUCGUCCCGGCCCAACAUGGCGAAUGGUGUUGCCAUGGCAGUAGUCUUUUUCAUGGUCCGCAUCGCCGUCAUGCCAGUCUACUACAUUCGUAUGUAUGUGGUCUACGGCACUGAGGCCUUCUACCUGGUGCCCUGGGGUGGCCGUGUAGCCUGGAUCGGCUCCAGUAUCUGCUUGGACAUCAUGAACAUUAUGUGGAUGCAUAAGAUCGCCCGCGGCUGCUACAAGGUGCUGCGCUCGGCACGCCAGAGCAAAGCCUGCGCGCCUCAGGAGAAUGGGAAGACGGAUUAAGGGAACUGGGGUGUCAGUGGUGAGGAAAUGCCACAACAGAGACAAAAUGAUGUCACUCUCAGUGCAUUGUAGAGCAGCAGCUUGGACACUUACUGUCACACCUGGGACGAGUGAUAUCACAGGACCGAAUGUAAUGAGGGAAAUUUGAGAUUUUUGAACAGGCGUUGAGAUGUACCGAUGGACCGUUUAACUGGCCACCCCUAAGCCAUGAAAUGACCUCUUAGCAAUACUCUGUGUGCAUGGCCACUUAUUUUUCUCUUGAACAAUUUACCACUACACUAAAGUGUUCGUUCUGGGACAACGGACUGCUAAACCCAACCACAAAUUGUCAAAAAGUUUACCGUUCUUUACAUAAGUAGUGUUCAACAAAAGUAAAAUGUUUUUUUUAAUAAUUAUUAUUACUGCUGCCUGAGUCCCACAAUACAAAUGAUGAAAUAUGAGUCAAUGUUGAUGGUGAUGCAAAUAUUUGAGGGAACCUGUUAAAGCGAUUCAGUGAUUCCUCAAUGAUUCCUCAUUUGUCAGAUGCCUGUUGAGGAGAAGGGUCGAGCAUCUCUUCUUCCUCAGUAAAUCCUGAGGUAAAUUUGCAGGGACUUGACUGACACAAGAUGGGAUUACAUCAAGUGCAAUCCAGAUAAGAAUAAGUAUGGAUAAAUCAGUUCAUCACUCACCCACUGUCAUUCAGUUAAAUCUUUAGUGCGUAACUUUUUAAUAUUAAAGUCAAUUAUAUUCAAGCCAUUGCCAAAUGCUAAUUAAGACCAUCAGCUCCACACAACUCUCUCUGUAUUUCUCAGUAUGGCUUUGUUUAGAAGAUUGUGUUGUCCAGCGACUUUUGCGCACAAAAACUCAAGAGAAGAUAAUUACCUCUUCUGAAGAGUCCGUCAUUUUUUUUCUUCUCCGUGUCCUCCUUGACUACUAGCAACUGCGUUGAGGAGGGGUGGGGGUGGUGCGCAAUCACAGAAGGCUUGUAUCAUGUGGACACACCGACAGUUUUGUUGUCAUUACUUAGAAUUCAUUUAAAAAACAGCCUUUUAGGACAUGCAUUGGAAUAUCAUGAGGUUGCAUUUGUUGUUGAUUUAUACAGUAUAAUAUAGGGUUAAACAGGCAUUGUUAAGCUGUAUGUAGUCUGUUUUUUGUUUUGUUUUGCUGGGGUCGAGGCAAAUGGGUUUUUAAAAGUACAAUUAAAGAUACUGAUUUGGAUAAAAGGGAGACAGAUGGCGGAGUACCUUAAAAUGUGAAAAAAGGUAAACUGAAUGUCAAUGCUCUGUUUGUACGCUGACAUUAAGCAAAGCAUUAACAUUAGUUUUCCUUAAUAUUGAGGCAGAACAGUUUUCAGUCGAUAUUUAAAUCCUCGUGAUUAAAUAUGUAUACAACUUGACCCUGUUUUGUGGGAGCUGAUAUAUUAUAUUAUUUCACAUUGUGCAAUGCAUGUUAAGGGGUGAAACACAUCUGGAGUGCUGAUUUGAAAUCCGUGUCGCAGACAAACCUUUAAAAAAAAAACAAAAAAAACAGUGCAGACAAAGAGCAAUUGCUUUGAAAUGUUGGUGUAUGCUAGGAGGGCUGGUGGGAGAUCUGACACUCCUUUAGGUCUCCAGCAUCAGGUGUUUAUUUACUAUUCACACUUCCUAUUUGUGAUAUCUUUUUAGGCACAGACUAUAUAAAUUUACCCACAGGCAACAUUUGCCAACAAGCUGCUUGCUGCUGUGUGUUUUGACCACGAAGAAUUUGGACAUUUUAGCCAGCAAGUUAAAACUAGUACAUGAUUUCAGUACAUCCAUUUGACUGAUUUUGUUUCUUCAGAUUUAAGUUUAUGUCAAAUCAAAGACUGUUUCAAGUAGCAGUAGUUCUGUAUAUGUGAAACAAAUAUGUUGUAGUUGUUUUAGCACAUUAGCUUCUGUCUCAUUUUACAUUUGAUUUCAGUAUAGCUGUGAAACAUAAUGUGAAAAUCCAUAUUUAUUCAGAUUGGUACAGGGAUUGUGUUUUGUUUUCAGUGGACAGGAAUAUGGAAAGGUUUUAAAGAUUUCCACAUUUUAAUUGUUUUCAUCAUUCUACUGACAAAGUAGUUACUCGUCGUACAACACUGAACACAAAUCUGUUCGAAGGUUGUUUUUUUUAAGACCAUGUCAAAUUUGUUCAAAUUAGAUUUUGCGAUUUCUCGAUGAUUUAUGAAAUGUGUACUUGAAUUUUCAUUGUAAAUGUAUCUUUAUAUGAGCUGUACAUCGAAAGCUUCUGUCAAAUGUUUUGUGAAACACAAACAGGGAUUGCUAGUUUUGAAAGUAUACGCCUUGCUAUAUUCAGCAUUUUAUUUUGUUGCCUUUUUAAAAAUAUUUCGUUAACAUUGAACAUUAACACUGAAAUAUGUGUUCCACGUCUGAUGCCUGUCUAAUGUGAUUGUUUGGCCUUUUGUCAUAGUUCCAAAUGUAAAACCAAGAGUACGGCUGGUUGUUUUAGUGCUUUUGUUACAAUUUUAAAGAUUUACGUAUUUCUGCCAGCGCUUUAGCCAUUACUACUCCAAAAGACUCUUUCUUUUUCAUAGCCAUUAGCAUUUUCAUACAACAGUGCCAACUUGCAAGCAUGAUUUGGUGGUUCAGACCAAUUCUGUUCAAAUAACCAUCUCUCUGCACGCUGUAGCUGAUAGUCACAGUAUGAUAAGGCUCUGUGUCGUUGGGCGUGGUAAAACAGUGUGAAAGACUUCUUUCACUUAUGCCGUUUGAUUAUAGGCAUUGUGUUUGGACCACGAUGGAUUUGGGUGGAUGUUUGCUAUAUCUCACAUCUAGAAAAAGAGUCAGGCUGUGUUAAUAUUUCACUGGAAUUAAAUGGAAAUCAUGCAAGGGGUUCAGGACAGCAGACCACUUCUAUUAGAAUCAGGGCUGGCUCUGUAUGCAUGGUCAAUAUGGUCUUCUUCAUGCACCCUCUAUAACUGCAUGUGGUAUUGCAUGGGGAUUGCACUGUAAACAAAAUAGCAUAUACAUUUGCAAGACUGCAAGUUUUGUUCUUUUCCUUUUCUUAGUACAUGUAUAUAAUGUUUACUUAAACGUUAUUCUUGUACUGUGCCACAUAAUGUAAUCCACACAUGAUAACAAUAAGGGUAAGGAGGACAUCAGGUAACACAAUAAUCAUCAUUAAUAAAUGGUAAAUUGAUAAAUUAAAUGUUAGUUAAUAAUCAUUUUACGGUUAACAGUGAAAUUAUGAUCUAGGAUGUUUACUAAUGAUUAGUAAUGCUAUUAUUUAUGUUAUUGUAUCAGUAGUUUAGUGCCAAAAAAGAAUUAGUUCAUACAUGUAGAUAGUUAAUACUUUAAUGUCAAUAGAUAAUUUUUUUUGGAAAGUAUUAUAACGUUGCAACUCAUGCUUAUCAUAAUAAGUUAAUGGUUAAUAAGUGGUUUAUAAAGCACCAAGUAACAUUAAUUUGGUGAUCCAUAAAAGAUGAUUAUUUGAUUGUGUGCACUGAUAAUUGCUAUCUGAAUAAUGUUUAUAGAUGCUUUACAAAGUAUUUAUUAGUGUUAACCGUUAACAAGGUAUUAUAAUCACCAGUUGCAAUAGCCAUCCAAAUAAUGUUUAUUGACGGUUUACAAACUCUUUCUUAAAGGUUUACGAAUAAUUUGGUAAUCAUUAACCAAUACUUAAUAUAGCCUACUCUAUAAAUGUCAUCAUGUGUGCAACAAUAAACUGUUAACAGUUAAAAUAGCAUAGCGUAUAGCAUUACUAAUAAUUGGUGAACAUUAAUUAUUUAAUUGUUAACAGUAAACUAUUAACUUAAGUUUAAUUAAUUAUCAAUUUACCAGUUAUUAGUGAUGUUAUUAAGUGUUACUGAAUGUCAUAAAGCAGGUAAUUAGUAUAAUAUCCAGCACAGAAAUAAUCAUAAAGGGAAUACUUGAACACUAAUAAUCAGCACAGUCUAUAACAAUCUGGACGGUGCAAAUUAACAUUAAUCCUAUGAGCAUCUUGCUUUAUAAGCGUACCAUUGUCUUUAAUUUAUUAAUUUCAACAGAAGUAGACCCAAAACAAAGCAGAUGCUAUGGUGAUAGAACACAUGGUGUCAGCUUGGUAAACUGGUGUUGGUGUUUCUGUUCUGAAUGUUGUAUGGGCGAGAGAUGCGAGUAGGUGGAGUGUUUAGUGACAUUCUAUGAAUGUAUUGGAGAAGAGGAAAUAUUUGUCAUCUUCAUUUGUUCUUUACAAUAAAUACCAAAUUAACUGA